GUUUCGAUCGUUUGCUUUUGCGUGCAGUUCAUGGUUAUUUUGAAACUGUCUUUGCCUUUCUCUUUCAGUCCUAUCUAUACUUUUAUUAUGUCGAUGGCAAUGAACCUCUGUGAGGCUCUGUACUUCUGUUCCGUUACUUCCUAUGUUCUUUUGCUCACUUACUUCAUUACGGCUUUCAUGCUCAUAACACCUGUCUAAUCGACAAAAUCCUUGCAUUUUCUCAACAAACUGUCGAUGUCAAAACCCAGAUUUUUGUUUAUCAAAUCUUCACCCCUUUUCUUUUUCGUUUCUGUACAGUGCUCAGGUCUUGUCACAGAACGGCUUCAUUCCGCUUUAUCCUUCAAAUUCUCUUUUGCACAGCAUGUUGGCUGUUGAUUCUGCAUAUAGAUCUUGGUGGCACAUCUAAGCUGUCGCCAGCAGUCGAGUACUUGGGCGAUUCUGGAACGGUAGUCAUGGCAGGAUGUAGAUACUUCGACCGAUUGGUGAUUUUCUUUCAAGUUCUCUGGACGCUUGACUCCAUCUGUCUCCGUGCAAGUUGUUCUAGGAGAUGUUUAUUCCAUCAUUUGCUGAUUACUCUAUUCCUAGAUUUUGAUGGAAAAGAAAGGUAUAAAUUUUGUGUUCAAACUCAUGGACUCCAUGCCAAUCUGAUUUAGAAUGUGAGUCCAGUCGCCUGGUGUUUCCCUGGCUUUCAACUCAUCAACAGCUGGUGGCGGACCGAAUCAACUCAUCAAUCUU